AUACAAAUAGGUAACGCAAAACCCAGCAGAGCAAAAUCAUUCGAGAAGCAUGAAAUCGUUAGACUCCCACAUAGAGACCGUCCUUUGGACCCCAGACCAAAUCACCUCCCGAGUCUCCGACCUCGCCGCCGAGAUCUCCGCCGACCUCUCUCACCUCUCCGACCCUCCCAUCCUCGUCGGCGUCGCCACCGGCGCCUUUCUCUUCCUCGCCGACUUGGCCCGCCACAUCCGCCUCCCCGUCUCCGUCGACUUCAUCCGCGCCGAGUCCUACGGUUCCGGCACCGAGUCCAAUGGCACACCCAAGAUUUCUUCCGACUUGAAGCUCGACGUCGCCGGCCGGCACGUCGUCCUGGUUGAGGAUAUUGUGGAUACGGGAAGCACUGUUUCGCGUCUGAUUGAGUAUUUGGAAUCGAAAGGGGCUUCGUCUGUCUCAGUGGCUACUUUUCUUGAUAAACCGUCCAGAAGAAAAGUUCAGUUUAAGCUUCUAGGCAAGGGCAAGUUCUACCGAGGUUUCGAGUGUCCAGAUUAUUUUGUUGUGGGUUACGGAAUGGACUUUGCUGAACUAUACAGGAACUUGCCUUAUAUUGGUGUGCUGAAGCCGGAGCAGUACAAGUGCCAGUCACCCUGAAGAGAGCUAUUUUACUAUUAGUCUCGUAGGCAAAUUUCAUGGAAUACAUAUUUCACUACCUGGAUUGUAUCAAUUCUUACUACUUAGCUGGGUAUAAAAUGGAAUUUAGAUC